ACCCUGUUGAAAUUUUCAAGAUUGGAUUUUAUUUAUCUGAAUACACUAAGCAUUGUGUUUUCAUAGUCUGUAUCUGAUGAUUCAGAUAAUUCAAACCUAAUGGAUCUGUUUGUGUUGGCUGUUGUCUCUACCGCUUCAUAUUUAUGAUGUCUUUUUUUAUUUGUAUUCCUAGUUAUCUUUCUGUGUGGACUUUGUACAUGAACAAUUGUUGGUUGAGAUAAUUUGGGGCCUAGGAUGAUGGACACUUACUCCAGAGAAGAUUUUAUUUGCAUUGGUCAGGGCUUAUAAGGGUUCUUCCUGUCUGGAACCACCAUAAUCUUUGUUUAAAGCUUAAAGUUUACUAGUCCAAUUAGAUGUUGCAAGGCCAAACUAAAAGACUUUGUGAGAGCUAGUUUAUUUCCAGUUUAUAAUUACCCUUAAACUGAAACAUUUGAGGUUCCCAGCAUUAUAUGGGUGAUGGUUUGUUAGGAAAUCCCUUCCCUUGUAAUGAGCCUUGGGUCUUUGAUUAGCUGCCUUGAGUCAGCAGUAGAUUCAACACAGUUUGGCACUGGUGUAUUACUUAACCUCUAUUCCUAACCACAGAUGCCCUUGGGACAAAUACAGUUAACCAUAUGAGUACUAAAAGAAAACAUGGGUGAAUUCCUCUUUGACCUCACGGAGGAAAAUAAUUAACUAUGAAUCAAAAUCUAGAUGGAAUAAAAGAAAAGUUUGAUAAAUUUGACUACUUUUUAAAUGUAUGGCAGAAAUACACCAUAUACAAAGUAGAAAAGCAACUAACAAGCUGGAAGUAAAUAUUUGCAACAUAUAUAACAAAGGCCUAAUAUUGUUAAUGUAUAAAGGAUACUGAAAAUGAGAGAAGGACCAACAACCCAACGAAAAUGUGGAAAGACGUGAACAAUUUACAGUGAUAUUUAAAUUGUCAAAAAAAUGCAUAAUAAAAUGCCAUGAGAUACUACUACUCACCUAUCAUGUUAGUGAAAAUGAAAAAGUAUUCCAACACAUGUUGGAAAAGGUGUGAAGAACCAAGCACUCUCCUAUACUGCUGGUGGGAAAGCAAAGAAACGGAUCUAAGGCUCGGGGAGGGAACAGCCUGGAGAUGGAGAUUUGAGAAUCAUCUGUGCUUAGAGGGAAAUGAACAGAAAUCUCUCAGGGAGAGAGAACGUGUGGACUGAGAGAAGAGGCCCAGGAACACAGCUACUCAAGGUGGCAGCGCCGCUUCCCGGUGGGCACCACUACCUGGGCUCUGGAGUCAGGCAGAGCCGCUCUUGAAAGCAGCCUGUGGGACUCAGCUGCUGAGCGCUCCUGGCAAAGUCGGGUACCGUCCCUGUGAUCAGCGGUCACACCUGGCAAUGACGUACCUCGCAGAGGGAUGCUGUGCGAGGACCUGAGAUGCGCCAGGUCUGUCUGUCUGUCCCCAGCACUCUGCAAGGCUAGAAAAGGAGGAGGAACCUGUUCAGAAUUCCUGCAGGACAAGGAAAAGAAGGGAAAAAAUCUCAACAUGGAAAAACUCUACAAUGAAAAUGAAGGAAAGCUGGAAAUCGAGGGAACGCCAGAAGAUGAAGUAGAGCCUGAAGAUGAAGGAAAAUCAGAUGAGGAAGAAAAGCUGGAAGUGGAGGGGAAGCCAGGGCAUGAGGGAAAGCUCCAGAAUAAGGGACAGCCAGAUGAUGAGGGACAACCAGAAGAUGAGGGAAAGCAAGAAAAGCAGGGCAAGUCUGAAAAUGAGGGAAAACCACACGGUGAGGGCAAGCCAGAAUCCCUGGCAAAGCCUGAGAGUGAGCCACGGGCUGCCGAGAAGCGCCCAGCUGAAGAUUACGUGCCCAGGAAAGCAAAAAGAAAAACAGACAGGGGGACGGAUGAUUCCCCCAAGGACUAUCAGGAGGACUUACAGGAAAGGCACUUGGGCAGUGAGGAGAUGAUGAGAGAAUGUGGAGAUAUGUCAAGGGCUCAGGAAGAGCUAAGGAAAAAACAGAAAAUGGGUGGUUUUCAUUGGAUGCAAAGAGAUGUACAGGAUCCGUUUGCCCCAAGGGGGCAACGGGGUGUCAGGGGGGUGAGGGGUGGAGGUAGGGGCCAAAGAGGCUUACAUGAUAUCCCAUAUCUUUAAUGCCUUUGGCCUUCAAUUUUGUUUUCUCUGAUGAGAAUAUUGCUGCCGCUGCUUUCCCUGGCAGGCAUUUGCCAGGCUAUGUGCUCUAACCUUAUGCUGAUACUUUGCUUUAGGUGUCACUCUCGGUUACCAGCAGCCUUUUGACCCAACUGCAGCACUCUGUCUUUCAGUAGGGAAUUUUCACCCUUGUGCAUGGAAGAAAUGUUCAUGGUACACUGUAAAAUAACAAUAAAGAAAAAACAGUUUUCAGAACCACA